ACCCUGCACAUUUUUAUAUGCAAAAAUAGAACUCCGAUGAGCAGAAAAAUCGCCAAAUCUAGUAGUAUGUGGCAAAAGAAAUAAUAAAGCCAGUAAAUAGACUAUGGGGAAAAAAAGAAAAACUCUCUCUUUUUUUUUUUUUUUUAUCUCUUUUCCCCCUUUUUUUCUUUUUAUUAAAAAAAAAAUGAGUUUAAUAAAUAUUUCGAAUGAUGAUGGAGAAGCAAUUGUUGGCAUUUUGAAUAAAAAAACAAUGGAUAAGAUUAUUUUAUUUGUUCAUGGCGAACAAGGUCAUAAAGAUAGUCUUUAUCAAGUUGACUUGGCAGAUAGUUUACCUUUAAGUACAUUUCGGUUUGAUCUUCAUGGGCAUGGAGAUAGCGAAGGAAAAACAGGCUAUGAUCAUAUUAAAAAAAAUACAAAAGAUAUUUUUGUAGUGGCAAAUUAUUUCGAAAAUUUAGGCUAUGAUAUUUUUGCAAUUAUUGCAUAUGGAAAAGGUACGAUUAUUGGUUAUAUUCUUUACUUAUACAAUGAAAAUAUAUAGGUUCUUUAAGUGGUUUAAAAUAUGCAACUAGUUGUGAUAAACCAUUAUCACAUUAUAUUAAUAUAUCUGCUCCUUUUAUAAACAGUGAUACUUAUUAUACAACUAAUGUAAUUAUCCUUUAUGUGAUAU